UUUAAAUUUAAUAAAUAGUUGACUCACUACGUUUGUGCAAGCUAGUCUAGUCAUUACCUUGUGACCGACUUCAGUGCAGCCUUCUGUAUUCCUCUUCAAAUUAACCAUCAUCAGAAUGAAUAGGAAAGUUAUCAUUAUUGGAACGGUAGUCGUGGUCGUUCUUGUAAUCGCCAUUGCCGUACCCAUAGCAGUGUUGACAGGAAAGAAGAGUACUAGAGAUGAAUCAAGCCUUACACAGCGUGCUGCACAAGUGUUGGAAGAGACUCCACUUGUUGACGGGUAAGAAAUCCUAUUCAAUCUAUUCAUUGCUAUAAAAAAACCUUUGAAACCAGCUCGGAAGGAGGAGGACAAAAGGGAAUUGCUCCAAAGUUAUGCGGGACACUAUGUCACUAGUUAUGCGAUUUCGGUCAAAGUACAAAGCGCGCGCGCGUGCCGCGUGCAGGGAAGAGAGAAAAGCGUGUUUCACAGUGCGUAAAGCUGCUCAUCUCUGUUAUUGGUUGUUUCCUUUGAUUAAGCCGUUCAAAGAUAAAAUCAUGAGCCCUUCGUUCGCAGAAAAGUUUUCUGCGCAAAGUUGAAAGAAAAGUAUCGAGAACAUUUCCUACGGAAAACAGAGAAAGCAGUGUAAAGGCUCGCCUGGCUAUGUCUUUCGACAGCUCGUUGAGGCAGGUUGUAAAUUGAUACGCCCUCUUUUGACAUGUUCUAAGAAAACUCUCAGAGACGACGCUCAAGACGACUUAUAAAGUUAGGUAUUUUAAGUUAUUUCCCGCUUAUCAAGAAACAACAUCUGAGUUUAAAGGGGCAGGUACACAACGGGAAAAAUUGACGGGAAUAUCAGAUAUAACGAUGUUAUUUUGUCUCUAAAUGUGUUUCACCGAUGAGCAUAUUCUCACGACCAUAAAGCAGAAUCCGGUAAACGUCGGUACCAAUUCAGUUUAGAAGAACGCUAGUUCGAUAUUUUGUACUUGUCACGUUCUAUUUUUAAACAUUGAGCAGUUUGUUAGGGGUAGUAAAGACAUACUUUCGCAAGAGAGAGUACUCUUAUCGAAUUAUGCGGUAAGAAAGAUUUGCGAAAGCGAAGACCUAUCUUGUCAGUCUAAAAUUAUCUUAAAUUAAUAAAUCUGUUGAUUCAAAUCCUUCCUCUCUUUCUGUUUUCAAUUUCUCCAAUAUUAAUUUAUUUCUGUGCUUGCUCGCUUCUUGACUUGCUUGACUAAUAGAAACGGGGUGAAUAUAUUGGUUUGAGGGGGGAGGGAAAGUGGUGUGUGACUGUAAGGAGGCUGAAAUAUUUCAUUGAGAGUUGACAAAAAUCAAAUAAAUUUUUUUGGGGGGAGCCAGGUCGCACCAGAGCGAAUUCAAAUAUUUGCCAAUUUUUCGCGCGCCAAAAAUUGCGGUCGCAUUAAACUAGUAUCCUCUGACCAAAACUUCAUUGACACAUACGGCAAUAACUAACCUAUCUCCCUUCAUUGAAAGGUAAAGAAAUGUUCUCGCUCGAAUUGCUGGGCAAGAAUAGAUCGUUGUCGAAUCAUUAUCUUUGUGCUCUCGGGUUUUCGUGGAAUUUAGCAUUCUACGUACAAGUCGCGUAGCGUUUUUCACAUUGUUGAUACAUUAUCAGCAGGCUUCUAUGCAGCUAGUUCCAGCUUUUAGAAGUAGAAGACGAAGACCUCGCUAAAUAGUGCUCGCUUUUAAACCGUCCUUGGUCGUAGUCUUUUUCGCGUCCGACGGAGUCAUGGAACGAGAUUGGGACCAUGAUGAUGAUGAUGAUGAUGAUCGUUUAUUCAGCCUUCUUGCAGUAGAAACUGAAUUACAAGGCGGGUCAUAAUUUACAAAUACUUCUACAUUAUGCAUACAUAGAACUAUUUUAGAUAUCAAUUAAAUAUAAAUAUUAAAUAUUGUGUAAACAUUAAAUACGAUAAGUAAUAAGAUAAAUUGCAGUUAAGUAUAUUACACAUGAUUCUGAUAUUUAAUAGUACAAAAAUUUCCAAAUCUAAUAGAUCUUGAGUAGGUAGGUAUAGACACAGUUCUUCCUGCCCUAAGGGCAUAUGGUCUUGAAAAUUGACAUCGCGGUACUAAAUUUCGUAGUAGGUCAGAAGAGUAGUAACUCCGCUUAAGGAAAGUGACGCAUGCAUCCUCCCUCCUCUGGCAUAGAUUAAUUAAGCCUGACUUCUUAAGCGCGUCCUCAUAACUCAUAAACGGGAAAAUGAUUUUUAGAGCCCUCUUUUGAACCGACUCAAUUUGAUCACUCAAGUACCCAUGUAUCGUAUUUCAUUUCUUUUUUUCCUGCUGAUAUUUUUGGUUGCAGCUUGCACCACUUGUGUUGGCCUCGAUAACUCCAAUAGAAGGAGAAGUACUCGUUGAAGCUGAUUGUUCUCCAAAUUGCCGCCAGUGAAAAAAACUAUUAUGUCAAGCCAUCGCGCGUAGCAAACUACGCUAGCGGAUUAAAGUGUAUUUUUCCCGCUUAAAUUUUAUCUAGACGUGUCUUGGAUACGAUGACAACUAAAUAGUUUUAAAAAAAAGAUUGUUUGUUUGCCAAAAUUUGGAAGCCUCCGAGGCUGAACAUCGGCUCCUGUGAAGAUUGGCGAAGUUUUGGCGAUACGCCAAGCUUUUCAAAUUGGGGGUUGCACUUAUCUUACGCUACUUGUUAACAGAUUUUGGUAAACAAACAAAAAAAGCUCUAGUGCGACCCGGGCCUAAAUUAGCACCACACAACGGAGGACACGAACAUUAACCAGACCAGAUGGUUUUAUCGCAUUCCACGGUUUGAGAUGAUUGAUAUAUACGUAAAAGAAUAUACGUAAAAGAAUAAUGAAAUACAAUUACAUUUUUGUCAUUUCGAGCACUCAACUUGUCAUCCGAUACAAUUUUUACCGUUUCAGUUUGUUGAUAGGUAAAGCAAUCAUUAUUAGGUAGAAGGUAACUAAUUAUUGUCGAGCUGCCAGACAAACUAGUGGAAUUAUUCACUUGGGAAUUAUUGGAAGCUCUCUCGUUUUACGAACCGUUGCUCUUGGAAAAAAAAAGGAAUAUAAACAUGACAUGAAUUUUUUCGAACAGUUCUGCGCUCUAAUAACUGUUUUGAUGUUUGCCUUCCCAUCCACAACACUGAACUUUUUCAAUGGUUCAAAAAGAUACGGCUCCUAUGGCAUUUUGCACAUACUGCGACCCUUGCGGUAUAAUGACCGAAAAAUUGUCAGCUAUGAGUGAACUUCCUCCAAGACCACGCGAAUGAGUGAAUGAAAAGAAGAUCUUUUCAUGUGUAUGAUUUAAGCGACUGAAAAUUAAAGUAGUUGUGGUGUACUAUAGGAAUUCUGUCGCUCAAACAUACCCCACACUUUGAUUAAGAACCUUUUGAACCAUGUGACCCUUUAACUGCUUUUUUUCAUUUUUUCAGGCAUAACGAUAUUCCAUGGCAACUGAGGAAGUAUUUCAUGAAUCAAAUGGAAAAUGUGACUUUAGAUAAGAACAACCCAGAAUGGCACACUGAUAUCCCAAGGUUAAGAAAGGGCAAAGUUGGAGCGCAGGUAAGUGGACUGAGCUCGAUACGUUUCCAAGCCACUUUUCCUUCAAGAGUGAGUGCGUCAUUUGAAGGAAACAGUAGUAGGUUAGUGCUUUAAGGUUACUGUUAACAAAAUAAGAUGUUUUCCGGGAAAAAUGGAGAUAUUUGGUAUCAUUUCUUUACCUCUUAGAAUGAUCUUCAUCUAAUUUUUCCUUGCUUUAUAAAAAAAAAAAGAAAAAAGACAAAAAGUCGAAGACACUCAGCCAUUGAUUAACCAAUGCAUUGCGUUCUUUCCUUGCAGUUUUGGUCAGCGUACGUUUCCUGUGCCAAUCAGUACAAGAACUCGGUACGCUUGUUCCUCGAGCAGAUUGACGUCAUCCACCGCAUGGUUGAUAAGUACCCGGGUACUUUUACUUUGGCCACCACUGCGCAGGACAUAAAAGAUGCGCACAAAGCCGGAAAGAUCGCCUCUUUGAUUGGAGUAGAAGGGGGUCAUGCAAUGGAUAGUAGUUUGGAUGCCCUUCGGAUGCUGUAUGAAUUAGGGGGUCGGUACAUGACGUUGACUCACAGCUGUCACACUCCUUGGUAAGUUGCGUGACAAUCAUUCAUUUGUCAUUCUUAAGAGCUAAUGUCAGUAUUCAUCAGACAAACAGCGGCAAGUCACCCAAAUUUGUUUUCCCUCCUUCUUUCAUAUUUUGUAGCCCAAUAUGUUCUAAUAAUUGUGGUGGAGUUUUUUUGCAAAAAUUUAUUUUAGUUUUCGAGAAAUAAUUUUUUUCGUUCGACCGCUCAAAUAUGCAAAUUUUCACCGUGAAUAUUACCAGAGUUGUGUGACCUCAUGUAAUGAAUGUACUAGACGUAGGGUAUUUCUGUGAACAUAAUCCUUUGUUUUAUCAUCUAAACUUAAUCCCCUGUCGUUAUUGAAGCUGGCAAAGAAAUAUUUAUUUUUUGGUGAAUAUUUUUGUCCGACAUACUUUUCCUAUGUCGAAAAGUAGCAUCAAAAUUAAAUUAACAAAUUUUUAUAACAGUUUAUAAUCACUCGAAACUAAAAAGAUAGCCAGUGCGCUAGUAACUCUUAACUCCUCUAUCUGCGCGCCGGGUUAUGUAAAGAGCAAUUUAGUAGUACUGGAAGGGAUGGUCUAACCCUCUUAGGCCUAGUUCAAACGUCGAUCUUUACAUGUACCGAACCUAAUUGCAAUUUGGGUCGACUCGAAUAAUCAAGAGCGGCAGUUGAUUCAAACGUCGAUCCGAAUUUAGUCGAUCCUAAUUGCAAAACUGAACAUAACUCCAUUAUAGUCAGCGGUUAAUGCCUACCAAAAUGGCGGGAAAAAAUGCGGGAAGCACAACUUGUGGAAAUGAAGAGCUUGUUUUUCUUGCAAAUGCGAUUAAGGAGGGUAGAAAAAGGCGACUCAAGAUGCAGUUAGCAUUAAACAACCUUGCUACCAGGAGAAGACGAGUUUUGAAUUUGGCUUGCCUUCUAUUAUUGCUUAUUUCCCAAAGGAACAUCACAGUUCCUCGUCCAGUUCGUUCGUGUCGUCGACUGAAAAGAAAUUCUGGCUGGUGGGAAAAUGUUUGCAAGCCUUUCUCCUUUCCCGCCAUAUUGUUUGAAUGGUUCGAAGGCUUUCGCGCAUGGCACGUAAGCGAACUUUCUUGAAUUGUGGGUAAAACAUAAUUAUUUUAACGUAUGUAUAAUGUAUGCAUUAAGUUCGGUACAUGUAAAGUACGACGUAUGAAUCAAUGCCGAUCUUUUACCGUUCUAUUCGACUAGCCGAGUCGGAUAGAACGGCACUGUCGAUCCGAAUACAAAUCUGCCGAUCCUAAUUGAUUCAAACGUCGAUCUUUACAUGUACUUAAUAGAAACGUUAGGUUCGGUACAUGUAAAGAUCGACGUUUGAACUAGGCCUUAGUACACCAUAACUACCUGAAUGUCUUCUUUUACGAAGGCGGCGAACUCAGUGUGUAGCAGGAGGGAAUUUCUAUUCACGUUUGAUGUUCAUACGCUGAUUUGUUGAAGUGGUCGCACUUAGCUGGGACAACAUGAUAAGAGUUGUUUGAAUUUUAUGGUGAAAAAUAAGCUGCAAGAGUGAAUGAAACUUAUGCAGACUAUAUUGUCUAACAGUUUCAAGGAUGCAGAAUUGGAAAACAGACUAAGUAAUUAAUAAUUUCUUUCAGGGCCGACUCAUGUACCCCAGAGAAACCGGAACAUAAUGGUUUGACUCAAUUCGGAAAAGUGAGAUAUAAAUUGUCAUUUAAUCUUUCUUCUAUUUUAUCAACUUAUUUGAUACACUAAAAUGGCGGCCAGGUGUUUUUGAAGGCUUCCACCAUCUGAUUUAAUCUACGCAUGUUUAUCACGGUAGCCCGAGGCUGCAACUGAUGUUGGCACCGCACCUAGAACCUCGAGAUAGGAAAAGUGAACAAAUACUGGCGGUGAGGUUAAUGAAGAAUUCGCUUUUUAAAUUCAGGUCUUAGUUCUCUUGAGAACCCAAUAUUGCUGAAAAUUUUACCCGUCAAAGUUGUGGAUAACUCAACUACUGGAACGAAUUCCGACUCACGGCAGCCAUAGAAAUUUGAGCCACGGCAGUCUGCUUGCGAGCGGUUUCUCUGUCUUGUGUUGGUUUCUGGUUUAUCUGUCUUGUAUGCUGGUAUUUAGUGAUCUUUCAACUGAGGGAGAUCUUUUCUUCUAUUGGAUACUUAGCUAGUUCAAUUUUACCGUAAGAGAAAUACAUCAGCUUUCAUCCGGAUGGCGUAUCAUAGUAGGUACACAAUAAGGGGUUUCCUGUGAUUUUUUUUUAGGACGUGAUUAGAGAGAUGAAUCGGCUUGGGAUGUUUGUCGACAUAUCACAUGUUUCCGCCAAAGUCAUGCAUGAUGUUCUUAAUAUCACAGAAGCCCCAGGUAUAAAAGAAAACAGUCAUGGUUUGCGAAAUCUGUAAUAAAUUACCUGAUUAUUUUUUGCAAAUCAAAUUUUACGUUCAUAUUUGUAGCUGUUUUAAACGAGAUUUUCUACACAUAUUGUGCGGAAAACAGGAAAUAAGAACAGAAGUUCAUUAUAAUUAGAUCAACAGAAUGAAUGUUGACCAAACACCAAAUACAGGAUCGGAAAAAACUGAAUCAUUUUGGGGAGAGGAGGAAACCACUAACUAAGACAAACAAAGUGGCUCUAAGCCACUGAAUGAUGACGGGGUUAAAUGCAGAGGCCACUGAACCGACUCCAGAUUUGGAAACUUUUAUCCAUCAGUAAAUUCUGCUGAUCUCAGAUCUGAGCUGUCAGUUAAAAACGCGUUAUUUCUCAGCAGACUGUUAAAUUAUUGGCCAACUAUCAGUUGAGCCCCACGCAAAAACUGAACAUGCGAAAGCCUUUAACGCCAGUCAGAGAAUUUACCAAAAAGAUAAGGUUAUUUCCCACCUUCGCGGGUGUCCUUUGGGAACAAAUUCGUACGCGCGCUUGUUUCACUUAAAUCCUAGCAAACUAUAUAACAGAAGAAAGCUUGAUAACUGCAGUUUACGUUAAAAAUCAAAUUAAAGCGAGUUUUCUUUUUAGGAAGUGUCAGGAGCCAGUAAGGCGCGGGUAUCGGAUGCCGCAGCACGAGCAAAAUGGCUGCGCAUUCUUAUUCACAAGGCAUCAGUCGAUAAUAGUGUGUCGGGCUUUUUCAAUAUUCUGGUUGGUUGUUUAGAUAUCGACAUCGGAAGUUGGGAGUGGCUAAAAAUUACGAGGCGUGUUGCUUAAAUGGACUAAGGACUUUCUUCCGCUUUUGAUUUUUCCGUGGGCAAAGAUUUUUCCAUAGGCGAAGAGCUUCCACGUGUGUAUUUUGUCAAGUGCGCGAUGUAAACAAAAUAUACAAAUAACAUGAAAAACGAGGCCCAAGUUAAGCGGUUGCCGCGAAAAUUCCGCCAGGGUAUUCGCCCCUGUACGAGAUUAUGACACCUUCCUGAUGUAUUAACUUUUUUUAUGGAAACGUUUGUUAAAUAUUUGCAUUCAGUGUAAUCAAAUAAAAGAAACUAUUUUUUUCGGCCUCUGAAGGUGGGAAGUAACUUUAACAGGAAUUGAAGGAAGGAGUCAAUUUUGGGGUCAUAACAUCAAGUCAAAAAACAAGGUAAUUUGGUCUGUGUUAUCAUCUGAGUUGAUAACGUUAAUUGGCCUCCGUUAAGAGUUUGAAAGCUGACUUUUCGAGCGUCAGCCCUUUGUAAGAUCUAAUGACAAAGGGCUAACGCUCGAAACUCUUAACAGUGGCCAAUUAACGUAAUUAACUCAGAUGAUAAUACAAAAUUACCUUGUUAUACUCUCCCACCGACGCAGUACCACAAAUUCUUUUGAACCUUACUCCAUUUAUCAACUCGGAAAUUGCUUUCAGACAUAAUACGAGCAAAAAAUUAGUGUGAUUUCCUCUCCCUCCCCAUUCCCCCCUAAAAAUGUAUUAUAUGCGAUGACCGCAUUAGUUGGAUGAAUUAUUGUAAUUAUUCAUCAUCAUACAACCUCAAGUAAUUCGUAAACACCUGUUUCAGUUAUUUUCAGUCACUCCUCCGCCUAUGCACUUUGCAAAAACCCGAGGAACGUUCCAGAUGAUGUCCUAAAAAAGCUUGUGAGAACAUUUAUUCCUUAUUUGUUCAUUUAUCUACACGUUCUUUUGUUUCUUUAUUUGUCUUUUCAUACUCUCUGUUGUAUUCGUUCUCUCGCCUAGUGAUUCGUUAACUAUGCCCGGUGGUUAUUUCGUUACCUGAGUCACGCUAUAGAGGGCUAAGGAGACCGGAAAAUAUGCUACCUUAAGGACUUACUUUUUCAUCAUUGUUUUUACACGUAAUAGUAAAAUGAGAUCAAACGUCACUGCCAUUAUGGUCUUAUUUUGCAUUUUUUGGCUGCAACAUACCAUGUUUAAAAAAUAAUUAUUCAGUCGUUCGUUAGUUCGUUGGUUUCAUAACAUUCCCAUUAUGUACUAGCUCAUAGUAAAUAUGAUAAUAAUGAUAUCAGUGCUUCCGUUACAGCCCAGGAAUGGUGGAGUAGUUAUGGUGAACUUUUACAACGAUUAUGUCACUUGCAGAAAAGAUGCGACUCUCAGUGAUGUUGCAGGUAUUGAUAUGCGUUAAAUAAUGGGAUUCAGUUGUUUCCAAAUUCUGGUGAAGCUGAUUAAGGCUAGGGAAGAAAUGGGACUCACUCGAUCUGUGCACAAGUUUUCUAGACGCGAAACGCUUGAUAAAACAACAUGAUGAAAAUUGAGUGAAAGAAACCAACUUGACUUUUAUGUCGUCAUCUAUAAUAUCUCGCAGUCAUUUCAUUCGAUUUCAUUUCCAUUUAGUAGAAAUGUCAGCCUGAGUUUUAACGUAAGCUUCAUUACUCGCGCAUUGUUAACUCCACAUUCGAGUUUUGUGGUCAGAAUUGAAUCAAAGGAAAUAAGACACUGUUUUAAUCGGUAUGCUUUCGGAUAUUUUCAGAUCAUAUCGAUCACAUCAAGGAAGUCGCAGGAAUUGAUCAUGUUGGUCUCGGUGGUGAUUAUGAUGGCGUACCAAGGUCUGUAGCUGUUUAUCAAGAUUAAUUGGUACACUUCCAUGUGCGAUUUAUCUCAGUCAAGCUUAAGGCCGCACUUUUUAUUUUUUAACCGCAAUGACAACCCAAGCGGGAUACUGGAAGAAUCGUUACUCGAAAAGUUGGUGAAUCGCUCCUCUAAGACUAAAACUAUGGGUUUUUACUAACCUGAGACCUUCAAGUACUCAGUUAUUUACGCAAAUUUUUGAUAGGUGUCCAGAAAGGGGAAUGUGAAAGGAGACACAUGAAGUUAUCGUCCAGGCUCGCUUUAAGCUUUAAUUCUUUUUAACCACACUUGAAGCUCUUACUAUGUUCAUUUACUGACUUCAGAGUUCCGACAGGAUUGGAGGAUGUUUCAACUUAUCCUAAACUAAUAGAAGAACUCCUCCGGCGAGGAUACAGCAACGCAGAGGCCAGUAAAAUUGUGGGAGGAAACUUGAUCACUGCCAUGGAAAAAAUGGAAAAGGUUAGCAAGAGCAAAUUUACAAAGGAGUUUGUAAGUCCCUUUUUGCAUUAUAACCGUUACCCCGAGUUUCUCUGGGCGAACUGACUUUCAAAACAUUUCUUUCAUGUUAAGUCAAACCGUUUACGUGAAGAUUAUAAGAGACGAGUUUAUUUGAACAUAGCAUCCAAGGGCAAUUUUCAAGUCGCACCCGUGGCUUUCCCAGCCAUAUUAGCUAUAUGACAGAAAACGUGAUUAUAGUUAUGGUUUUUAUGUUACCGCUUUAUAAACAUUCAUGUAGCAAUGAAGGAAUUUAACAUUUAUUGUUAAUUUUCAUCAAAUUAUCUCUUUUUUAAGGUCGCUGAGGACAAAAAGGAGGUUCCUCCGUAUGAUAACUACAUUAGUGUCGACGAAUCUUGUCGACCAGCUCUUGAUGGACUGUGAACUUGAUGAAGAAAGGCUCAACCAAAUACCUCAAAGGCACCCAUAAAAUUUUACUUUUGACAACUUGCUUUUUUGGCUUCUCCGUUGAGAUCUUUGUAGUCCUAUGGUUUUUGUUCAGAUCUUUCUGAAAUUUUUGCUUCAUAAGUUUUUUACAGCUUAUAUAACUUUUCCUAGUUUUGAGGCUUAAUGGUAAAGCUCAAUCUACCAUAAGUGAUCGAAAACCUUGCGAUGAAUAAAUAAUUAUAUUGAUGGAAAAAUAAAGUAUUAUUUUCCUCAGUUGCAGUGCUCCAACAAGCAAUUAGAGGGUUCUUUUAUUCUCCGAGAGUGCUUACUCGGUUUUCGUGUGGC